AUGGCAUUGGACAUCACAAUGAAGAUAAUAUCAUUUUCUCAGCGGCCGCGAGCUAUAUGCACUUCUGCAAGUGGAGUUAUAUCAAGCGUCAUGCUUCGGCAGGCUGAUUCUUGGGGUACAUUGACACAUGAGGGACGGUUUGAAAUUUUGUCAUUAUCUGGCUCAUUCAUGCCGAAUGAAAGUGCAGGAACACGAAGCAGAUCGGGUGGCAUGAGUGUUUCUUUAGCAAGUCCAGAUGGGCGCGUCAUAGGGGGUAGUGUAGCUGGUUUGUUGGUAGCAGCAAGUCCUGUGCAGGUUGUGGUUGGCAGUUUUCUGGCUGGAAACCAGCAUGAUCUGAAGACAAAGAAACAGAAACAUGAGAUUGUAUCAACAGCAAUUGUUCCUUUGUCUACUGCUGAUCCAAUACCUAUCCUGUCAUCUCCACCUUCCUUCCCUGCUCACAAUUGGUCUGCAUUGCCUUCUGAUACGAGGAACAACAUGACCACUGACAUUAAUGUGCCUCUAUCUGCAGGGUAAUAUAUAUCCCACAUGAAUUUAUUUUUUCUGCCGACAAAAAUCGUUAUAUAGUCCUUAGCUGUUGGGCUGCUUUCCCUUGUUUGUGCCAUUGAAACUUACUGGAACUAGGAUGUUUUCUGAGGUUCAUUUCCAUGCAGAAUUUUUGUUAGCUGAUGAUAGAUGAGCUUCUCUGCUUUGGUUUGCUCAUUUUGUUUGGGGUAGAAUGUUCUGAUGUGUUGGUUAUUCCUUAGAUCACCUUUCUCCUUGAUUGUGAAAUCCCAAGUUAAUUUUUGUU